GGAAGAGGCAGGAAGAGAUACACGAGAUGGAAGGAAGAGUGGAGGAAAAAAUAGAGAGAGCAGAGGAUGAGAGGACACCAGAUAGAGAAGAACUUACACAAAGUACAGAAGACAAACUCCACACAGAAUCAGUAUUAACAAAUAGCAUGGGGGAUGAUGGAGGUCCAAGCAAAGAAAUCAAACUGGAAACCAUAAGGAGGGGAAAGAAUAUGGAUAUGAUAUCACUGGCUGAAAUAACACGGACUGAAGAUGAUGAAGAGGAAAAACAACAAGAGAUAGAGGCGGCCAGAAAAGUGCAGCAGGGAUCAGUUGAGCGUUUACAGGAGAGAAAGACAUACAUGGAAGCCAAGUCCAUACAAGAAGAUCUCAAGAGUCAGGAAGAGAGUCAGAAGAAAUGUGAAGAGAAAGGAGCAGUGGGAGGAACGUUACCUGAUUCAGAUUUGAGGAUUGUGCUUCUGGGCUCUGCUGGAGCCGGAAAAAGUGCAUCAGGAAACACCAUCCUGGGCAGAGAAGCAUUUGCAAAGAACUUCCCCAAUAAUACUACAAACUGCAAGAGGGAGGAUGGAAUGGUCAGAGAUAAAACCAUAUCUGUGAUUGACACCAAGGGAAUCUCACACCGGGCUGAUCUUUCAUUGUACUGCGAGCUGUUUGAAGAGUGUCUCUCUGCAUCUGCCCCUGGUCCUCAUGUCUUCCUACUUAUCUUCAACAAUGUGGAGAGAGGAGAAAGUACUCAGGUCACAGAGCUGCUGGAGAAGAUAGAGACUGUGGUGCAGAAGAAUGGAGGACAGCACUUCACUAAUGAGAUGUACCAGGAGGCUCAGAGAAAGAGAAUGGAAAAGGAAAUUAAGGACAGGGUGGCUAAUUUGGAAAAGAAG